AUGGAGGGAAGACUAAGAGAUUUCGCGCAACUGCCGGAACAGCUUGAAGCAGGGAAUCAAACGCCGCAUUCGCGGCAUUCUCAGCUCUCUCGAGCGCGGACCGCGGGGUCGGAGCCUUCAUCGCCCCACCCUGCUCCCGCCGCUGCCUUAUCCGGCUUGGAGCGCAUCGUCACGCGGUUUCCGUCGCUGCCACGUGGCGGCGACAACGCAGCGGCGGCGCCGCCGCCGCCGUCACAUCACGAAGAGUUCCCGCAGGAAGACGAGUCGCACCGCAUGAUGAUGCUGCAAACGAUGAUGGCUUUUGAGACGUCUCAAAGGCAAACGAUGAUGACAAUGGCGGCGUUUGAAGAUGCCGUAGCAGCUGCUUGUUUCUCGCGGUCAUCGGAUUUCUAUGGCGGCGCCGGUGCUGGCGGCGGUCGCGCUUUGCGAUUCGAGCCUGCCAGGCUUGGUGGAGGGGAAGGACGCGCAGCUAUGGCGGCGCCGGCAGCGCAGGCACAGUCGUCGCGAACAGCGGCCGCGGGAACCGCGCAGGCGGCAUUCGCAGCCACGGAAGCGACGGAACGAGUACUGUCGCCGAGUGGCAAAAGAGAAGACCUUGGCGACAUUUCGCAGUGGUUACAGGCGGUCAUGAUGGGAGAGUCGCACGGAGUCGCAAGGGGGGUCGCAGGGGCGGGAGUCGCUCAACCGGGAUUCGCAUCAGCGGACGUCGCAUCUAGGGGGGUCGCAGCGGGGGUCGCACCAGGGGGGAAUGCGCCAGGGUGCUUCGCGCCAGGGGGGAUUGCGGGUGCUACAGCCUGUGCCACAGCUGGCGCUACAGCCGGCACUACAGCCGGUUUUUUCAGAGGCAGCUAUGGCAUGGAGAGAAUGCAGAUGAUGGCUUCGUUCAUGACAGCACGUGCAACAGCCCAUGCUACAGCUGGUGCUACAGCCGGUGAUACAGCCGAGUGUUUCCGAGGCAGUCAUGGCUUGGAGAGAAUGCAGAUGAUGGCAUCUUUCAUGGCUGCUAACUCGGAGGAGGAUGGGGAGGGGGAGGGGGACGGGGACGGGGACGGGGACGGGGACGGGGACGGGGACGGGGACGGGGACGGGGACGGGGAGGGGGAGGGGGACGGGGACGGGGAGGGGGAGGGUGAGGGGGAAGAAGCAGGGGGGGAGGGGGAGGGGGAAGAAGCAGCGGGAGCAUGGAAUGGGGAGGGGGGAAAGCGGGAGGGAGAAGAAGAGGGGGGGGAGGAUGAGGGACACUUUGGGAGGGAAGGGGGGGAGGGGGCAGACGACCUGAUGAAGCAGAGAGAUGGUGAGGAGGGAGGAGGGGGUGUGAAGGAGGGCAGCGGUAAUGGACGAGAGGUAGUAUGGAUUGAGUCACUGAAGCGGUUAAGGAUGACCGUGCCUCUGGACCUGCUGGGCCCGCACCAAGACCUGGGGUCCAUGAUCGAAGGAGCCGUCAACUACAUUCAAGUCAUGCAGAUGCGAUUGUCGGAGCUGCAGCAGCGAGUGCUGGAGGGGGAAAUUAGAGCAAGGGGGGAAAUUAGAGCAAGGCUUAACAGGUAG